UUCGCCGAUCCGAAGCCGCACGUGCUGAUCGACGCCGUGCGCGCUCCGGGCAGCACCGUGGACAAGCUGUCAACGGCGGUACGCGACACGGCUCGCCGCAUGGGGCUGCCCACGCUGAGCCUCACGUAUGGCGCGCACAACGACUACCCGCUCAGCGGCUGGGACAGGCUCACAGCGCUCGAGCGCGAAUUCUUGGUCCACGUCACGCCUCCGGGAGAAAUCUACACGCAGGUGAUUCGCGACCUCUGUAAGAAGAUGGACCUCUCCGCAGCCGGCAUCAUCUACGACAGUAGCGUCAUCAUCGACCAUAAGUACGCGCGGCUGCUGGAGAACAUACCGACGCCGCAUAUCAUGCGAGAGGUCGACGGCACCGAGGAUGACUUCAAAAGAAACGCGGAGCUCAUUCACUCCACGGACGUCUCGAACUUCUUCAUUCUUGGCCGGGGUGACACGCUGAACCAAGCCUUGGAGCUGGCUCACAAAAACGAUUGGGACAACUGGGAGUUUGCGUGGUUCCUUAUCUCAAGGGAGAACUACGCCCCCAAUUGUUCGGUGUGCAGCAACGUCACAUUCAUCACGGCCACGCCGCAGCUGACCAACCCUGAGCUGUUGGCAGAAGCCAUGAAAGACAAGGUUUUCAACGUUCAAACAGAACAGGUCGACGCGGCCUUCUACAUUGACGUCACGUCUAUGGUCAUCCGAGCCGCUGCCGAAGAGCGAGCGAGCGGGAGGAUGCCGCCUGACCUAGAGUACCCAACGUGCACGGACAUGAAUCUCACCAGCUCCAUGCUCAUGGAGCGCCAGAACAUCACGCUCAGGACAACAAUGAUGGAAAUGGAGUACGCUGGACCUUUUGGGCCCAUUGUGGUACGAGAAAAAAAGAACGGCUACCAAGAGAUCAGUAUGUCCGUACAGAGAGUCAACGCAAGAGAAGCGAAGAGGAUUAACUCCAUGACGAUCGCCAAAUGGACGUACAAGGACCCGGAGGGAAAGCUGCUGGAAAGUCCCGGAGAAGAUCUCAGGAAGUACGCCGCGGUCACAGUGUUUCGGGUUACCACGAUUGUUCAACCGCCGUUCAUCGUCAAGAAGAACACCAGCAGCGGAGAGGACCAGUUCGAAGGCUACUGCAUAGACUUGAUCGACGAAAUCAAGAAGAUACUAAAGUUCGAGUACACUAUAUACGAGGUGCGGGACAAGAAGUUUGGCUCUAUCAACUCUACCACCAAGAAAUGGGACGGGAUGAUCCGGGAGCUCGUUGAUAAGAACGCGGACAUCGCACUGGGGCCAAUUUCGGUCAUGGCAGAGCGCGAAACGGUGGUGGACUUCACUGUGCCCUACUACGACCUGGUGGGCUUGUCCAUCUUGAUGAAGAAACCCGAAGCGAAAUCGUCGCUUUUUAAGUUCCUCACCGUGCUCGAGGGAAACGUGUGGGGAUGUAUCCUCGCCGCAUACUUUUUCACAAGCUUCCUCAUGUACCUUUUCGAUCGGCUGAGCCCGUACAGCUACCGAAGCAACCAGGUGAAAUACAAGGAGGACGAGGAGAAACGAAACUUUAACCUGAAAGAAUGCCUUUGGUUCUGCAUCACAUCGCUCACACCUCAGGGUGGUGGGGAGGCACCACGCAACCUUUCCGGACGCCUGGUAGCGGCGACCUGGUGGCUGUUCGGCUUCAUCAUCAUCGCCUCGUACACGGCUAACUUGGCCGCCUUCCUGACCAUGUCCCGACUCGACUCGCCUAUCGAGUCCCUCGACGACCUCGCCAAGCAGUACAAGAUUAAGUACGCACCCCAUAUGGACCCGUCAUCGACGACUUACUUCCAUCGCAUGGCCGACAUCGAGUCCAGGUUCUACAACAUAUGGAAGAAGAUGUCCUUGGACGACACCUUGAGCGACGAAGAGCGCGCGAAACUGGCAGUGUGGGACUAUCCAGUGAGUGAGAAAUAUACGAAGAUCUGGUGGACCAUGCAUGAUUCCGGCAUGCCCACGCAAUUUGAGGAAGGUGUGCGGAGGGUCAAGGAGUCCAAGGGCUCGCAAGAAGGGUUCGCCUUCGUCGCGGACUCAACCCAAGUGAAGUACGCCACAAUGACCAACUGUGACCUCGUCUCCAUUGGCAGUGAAUUCAGCAGAAAGCCGUUGGCACUGGCGGUUCAACAGAACUCGCCCUUGAAGCACCGGCUUUCAAGCGCAAUCAUCAAACUACUCAACCAGCGCCGCUUGGACGACCUUAAGGAAAAGUGGUGGAACAAGAACCCCGCCCGUGUCACAUGUGACGACAGCGAGCGCCAAAGCGAUGGCAUCAGCAUCCGGAACAUAGGUGGCGUUUUCGUCGUCAUCUUCAUCGGAGUUGUCAUGGCUUGCAUCACCCUGGCCGUAGAGUACUGCUACUACAAGAACCGCAAACCUAAUAGCAAAGUGGUCGCCGUCAAAGAAUACGCAGGCAAAGACUCUAUAAAAGACUCUAUCAAUCACUAGUAGCCUUCAACCAGGCAUUUACUCCCGAAGCAGCUAGCUCGCUGUGUUAUACCGAAGAAUUUUCCCUCGUUUGCUAGAAACAGCAGUGCGCGGGAAACUUACGAGUGAAUA